AUCUGGAAGAUGAUGAAGAAGAGUUGGAACCUGAUGUCUUAGAGGAAGAUUCUGUUAAAGCCAAGCCUACUGGCUAUAAAAAAAAACGAAAGGGGGCUGGACGUAAGAAAAUUAUUCCAGUAGCUGCGGGUUCAGAAACUUCUCUCAGUGCAGCUUGUGGUGGUAGCGAAGCCGCUAGUCAAUCUCCGCCUUCUUCUCCUACUGCUAUUGAAAGUGUUCCAGCUCCCGCCAUUAAAAUAAAAAUUAGUAAAAAGAAAAAGAGACGAGGCCGCAAAAAGAAUGACGAUCGGCCUUCUGCUACUGGUAAUGAUACUAGUGAUGAAGAUUUUGAACGGCAACUUGAGGAAGCGGCCAUCGCUCAAGAAGAGGAACGAGAACGUCGUAAAACACAACGAAAUGCUAGACGCGCUUCUGCUGCUGUCGGAGAAUCUACUGAUGGGAGCACUAAUAAUGUUAGGAUAGUACAUGGUCAUCAUCAAAAAACGACAGCUCGCUUUCCUCUCGUUGGAGCGAAAUCUGGCAACAAAGGUGAAGAGGACGGCUAUGAGACUGAUCAUCAGGAUUACUGUGACGUCUGUCAGCAAGGGGGCGAAAUUAUGCUCUGUGACACGUGUCCUCGAGCAUAUCACCUUGUCUGUCUGGAUCCAGAAAUGGAAGAAGCUCCUGAGGGUGCCUGGUCGUGCCCGCACUGUGAAAAAGAGGGCAUUACUGGAAGUGCUAGUGGUGCGAAGUCAGGUAAACUCCGAACAACCAUAACUCAUGUCGCAUCAACUUCCUCCUUAACUUCAGCCAAUAGAAACGGCAACACUUGCAACCCCGUAGUCUCCCCAGAGAAAGAUGAACAUCAGGAAUUUUGCACUGAAUGUCGGGAUGGCGGUGACCUUAUUUGCUGUGAGAAUUGUCCGGCAAGCUACCAUCUGGGCUGUCUCUUGCCUCCGCUUUCACAGAUCCCUGAAGGUGUCUGGCUUUGCCCUAGAUGUGGAUGCAAGCCUCCAAAGGCUCGGGUUUCCCGUAUUCUCACAUGGCGCUGGACUGAGCCCCCGAAAGGCACUGAUGAAUUGGAUCAUACUCACCACCACCACCGUACCGAAGGCAGUAAUGAUCAGAUAGACAACGGAGUUUCCCUGGCAGUGAAAGCUGAGCAUGAAGAUGUUGAUGAGGAAGAAGAACUCGGUGUAGAUGAGAGAUUUGGCGAUGAUGUAGACAGGGAUGAGAAUUAUUCCCUUCGCAAGCCAUCUUCUAGUAAGGCAGCUUAUUUGGUGAAUAACACUGUCGACGAGUCGAUAUCAGCUAUAGAAGUUAAAAUGGAUUUACCAAAU